GGAAAGCUUGGCUGGUUCAAGCACGACAUCACCCACCGCGGCAUCACCGCGUGGCUUCUGUUUGCCAUCCUCCUCCUCUUCUACUUCAUCCUCUACUUCCCCGAUAAGAUCGGCGAGGGCGCGCAAGUCUUUGGCGCGAGCAAGGAGACGGUCGAGUGGGCAAGAGAGCUUGGCGGAUCGCUCAAUAUCUUUGAAGACUUCAUGCGCUGGCUCGGCGCCGCGCUCGGUUUCACGGUCAAGAAGUGGUGGGACCCGGUCUGGAACAAGUGGACGCUCUACGGCACGCUCUACACCGGCGGGAUCGUCGGCGGCGGCAUCUACAUGAUCCGCAAGUACUCGCACAACCGCUACCAGAUCAUCCGCAUGAUCGCGAUCAUGGUCACGCAGGCCAUCUUCGCCUUCUCGCUCCCGAUCAUGCUCGGCGCCACGGGUCACAAGGACUACUACUUUAGCUACUUCUGGCCCCUCAAGAUCGAGUACCUCUACCCUGAGAACCUGGCGAACAUGCCGCUGUUUAUGGUCCUCUACGGGGUCUUUGGCGGGCUCCUGCUCGUGCCGAUCCUCGGCGCCUUCUUUGGCAAGCGCUGGUACUGCGCCUGGAUCUGCGGCUGCGGAGGACUCGCCAACACAUUCGGCGAGCCGUGGCGACAGCUCUCGAACAAGUCGCAGGCCGCCUGGACCUUCGAGAAAUACUCCAUCCACACGAUGCUCGUGAUCGCGCUUGCGACCACAGGGAUCGCGGCGGCGAGCUUCGCGCUCGGGGAUAAAUCACCCGGCCUCCAGCAGACGGCCACGAUCGUCAAGUACCUCUAUGGGGUGUUCGGCGUGGCGCUGCUCUCGGGCGCGGUGGGCGUGGCGUUCUAUCCGAUCGGCGGCACGCGCGUCUGGUGCAGGUUCUUCUGCCCGAUGGCCGCGCUGCUCGGGCUCGUGCAGAAGUUUGGCCGAUACCGUAUCACCGUCAAACGCAACAUGUGCAUCUCGUGCGGGAUGUGCUCGAAGUACUGCGAGAUGGGGAUCGACGUGCGCGCCUACGCGCAGCGCAACCAGUCCUUUGUCCGCGCCUCCUGCGUGGGCUGUGGGCUCUGCGCCGAGGUCUGCCCUCGCGGCGUGCUUCGCCUCGAGAACAAGGCUGAUCCCGAUCCUCAGGAGCUCACCAUGAACAAGCUCCUGACCCAGGGCUACAAGGAGGAACCACAGCGCAAGGCGGUGUGA